CUCUUGCUUGCGCCGGACUGAAACUGUCUUUUCACCGACAUCUCUUCACUUGCACUAGUGGCCGUAUCAAACCCGUGACUGGUCAGAUGUCGAUUCAUUGCAACGUUGUCGGGUUACAGACGUGCUCCCCUUGUCACCUCUGCACGGAGAAUUGCGCAUAGCAGCUGAGGCCCUCUGGGCGGGGCCCCAUGCAGCCUGCGUGAUUGGCCUGUAGGGAGCGGCGGCCCUGAAAGCACCAGUAGCUAUCCCGGGUCUUUGUAUGUUAACCUGACUUUCAUACAGUUAAUAAAGGGUCACUUAAAACAUUUUAAAGUAAAAUCAAUCAAGUUCAUUUUCAGAAGUUAUUUCAUUCAUAAUCCUGAGAGUUUAGUAGUAGUCUUCCAAUUAUAUUUUGUUAAGUAAUAUAAGCCUGUUUAGAAUGUAGCAAAGCUUGCCUAAUGCAGCUCGGCAUCAGCAGUCAGUUCCCUUUUAGUCACAUUUCCUUGAUGAUCUUUACCUGUUCACUUUUCAACAUGGGGAAUGGGCUAGAAAAGUCCACUUUGCUGAGGUUGUUACCACUUGUGGUAGGAAGUAAAGUCUCUGAAGGAGAUGAAGCAUGGGCCAUAUUAAAAGACCUUAAAGAAAUUGUGCAGCUGGUGUUGUCGACAUAUUUCACAGAGGAAUCCAUCCAGUACAUGCAGACUAAAAUAAGUGAUCACAGACAGAGUCUUCAAUCUGUCUUUCCAGACUUGAAGCUCAGAGUGCUGGUACCGCAAGCAUUUAAGGCCAUUUGAGCUGACAUCCUCACACAACUUUUCUGUGCAUCCGCUGUCCGAGCUAAAUGACACAUUAAGUAUCACAGCAUACAAUAUGGAUGGACAUUUCAAGUUGACAAUACAUAUUUAUUUCCAUCAGAGACUUGCAGGAAUACAUGUUUCUAGAAGUGGGGACAUACUGUAUGUGUCACCACCACCCACCAUUACAGGCCAAGCCUAGGAAGACUAAGACUUAAUGAUUGUUUUGUUUUUUGCGCACAGUUUUCAUUAGAGUUGAAUGAUACUUAAUCCAAACCAAUCCAGUUUUUCAUUCAAAACUGAACUCUAGACACUGCCUGACUUUUGUUUUGCCAAACUGAAUGUUCCUCAUAUUGCCUCUUCUCUUUUUUUAAUAACAGGAAAUGGCAGCUCAAAACUACGUACUUCAUGUCCAUACCUCAAUGGACAUUAUCAGGAAGAUGACUUUAUCUUCAAGUCCAGAAUCUGUGGAUGAGCUAAAAACCAUGAUAAAAGAAAAGUUUAAGCUAGACUUUGACUUUAACUUAUCAUACCAAGAUCCGGACUUUGACGGGAGGUUAUGUUCCCUUGUAGACAUCGAGGAGCUUCCAUUAAAGGCUGUUUUGCUAGUUAUGAAGUCUGAGAGUGACGUCAGUUCCGAAGCAUCAGGGGACACAACAAUAUUGCCCCAUGACAUAACUCCAGAGAGGGCAGAGGGAUGGCCUGCGGUUUUUCCAGUACCCACUUUUGCCUUGCAGGUAGAACACAUACUCGGUGAGGGAAAUCUUAAAUAUGAGAGAACAGAGAAAACUCUAAAGCUUUCUCGGGGUCAAAAGCACAUCAUCCUUGAGAACCUUGCAACCAAAAUGCAUAGCUUCAAGGCAUACCCCAAUGAUAAGGAGGUUUCAAUGGUAUCAGAAGCACUGGUCACUAAGCAUCCUUGUCUAAAAGAGCCAGGGUCUCAGACGGGAUGGUGCGGCUGGAGAAAUAGUCUGAAGUUUAAGAUGGGGAACUUCCGCACAAAGUUAAGUCGAGCAGGAUUUCACGAGGUAGCGGUCAAUUCUGGGAAGAGGAGUAGAAACAAUCCAGACAAACAAGCUCCCCACACUAACAUCAAAAGACCAAAGAGGGCAGAGGUGAAUUUCUUGCCUAAUUUCCCACUCGGUGAAGAUGGUACAAGCCUUGAGCGAUUGAGACUCCAAAUUGUAGAUGAAGUUAAGAUGAGAGACAAAAACCUUCCCCUGAUUACAAAGUUAAUGCAGACUACCUUUGCCCUGCGGCGCAAUGAGGUCAUCAAUGAUGGCCUACCUGUUGGCCAGAUCCUGGAACGCUGGCCUGCCUUGAAAAUGGAGUCACAGAUUUGUGCCGAGUUUCAGAGGAUUGCAAACAUCAACCUGAAGAAGCACUUCUAUGCUGAGUUGGAUCGGCAUGCCCCCCGUCUUCAGAGCUUGUUCAGAAAGAAAGCUGCACGCAAAGGGAAAGUAGCUGAAGGUCUGGAUCAGCGAUUCAGCUCUUAUGACCUCCAGGAACAAUGCGACGUCCAUGUCCUCCGUGCUGCUGUCCUCCGGGCUCUGCCUGCAUAUCUGCAUGAGGAUGACUCUAGGUUUCUGAAGCCGUGGCAUGUGGCGCAGUCCGAUGAACCGGACAUUGAUGACAUGGCCGUUGGACUGCUCUUGAUCAGUGCCAAGUCAGAAAAUACCACGCUCUGCUGCCCAGAGAGGAUCGCUGUGGUACUGGAGGGGAGCAGAGUGUUCGAACUCCCCAGAUUGGCUGAGGCAUUCAUCCUGCUGUAUGCACUGAUCUAUGCCCUGAAUCUAAGUUACCCAAAAGACUUGCCCAACACCUUUGACUUCACCCAGAAAGUUUUGAUGGGCCAGGACGAUCGGAAGCUGAGGCCAAGAGUGUUGAGCCUUAAAAAUGUCCUGUUGGCAGUGUAGUGAUCUCACUCUAUGAACAAACAAAGUUGCCCUUUAACAGGCACCACAUACCGUAGAGCACUAUAUUGUAUAUCUGUUUAUUUUACAACAAAGUAUUUUGAAUGUUUCAAUAUUCAACUUGAAGUUUGAAUUUGUUACUGUUCAGCUUCAACUUGAAGGAGUGUUUGUAGAUGUGUAAAUAGUAUGGACAACAUGUUCCCAUACGUUGGUUUAUAUUUCUAUAUGUUCCUGUUCUUUAUGGUCCAUGUGGUAAACUGAACAGCAACUGUUCCAGGUCACAUUGUGUUGGACUCAUGCAAGUGAUGGUUCAAAAUGUGGCUCUGGGAAUUUCUCAAGGCCUGUUUUUAAGGGUUUUCGUUUUUAAAAGUGAACUAUUUGUCAAACAAUACAUAUUCUUGUUUGGUAAAUAGUUUAUGGUUACUUAAUAAAACAGUGACUUGUAUAUAAAUUGUCUGUGUUAAA